GCCUUCGAGGCCGAGGUGCUGCACACGGUGCGUGCAGGCCGCCUGCUGCCUCCGGGCGCCGUGGUAGCCGUGGGCGCUUCGGGCGGCAAGGACUCCACGGUGCUGGCGCAUGUGCUGCGCGCGCUCGCGCCGAGCCUGGACAUCACGCUGCACCUGGUGGCCGUGGAUGAGGGCAUCAGUGGCUACCGGGACGCCGCGCUGGCAGCCGUGCGCGACCAGGCGGCCAGCUGGGGGCUGCCGCUCACCAUUGUGGCCUAUGCGGACCUCUUCGGGGGCUGGACGAUGGACGCCGUGGCCCGCAGCACAGCCGGCUCGGGCCGCAGCCGCUCCUGCUGCACCUUCUGCGGGGUGCUGCGGCGCCGCGCGCUGGAGGAGGGGGCGCGACGCGUGGGGGCCACGCACAUCGUGACGGGUCACAACGCGGACGACAUGGCAGAGACGGUGCUCAUGAACUUCCUGCGGGGCGACGCGGGGCGGCUGGCGCGCGGUGAGGAUGGAGACGGGGCUGUAGCCGCUCUGGGCCCGGUGUGA